AUGGCAGGGGAGGACCCCGCCGACGCGUGCCCGCUCUGCGGCGGCGCCGGGCCCCCUUCGCGCGUCGCCCUCGCCAAGCGGGCCCCGCCCGCCGACGCCACCGCGGUGGCGGUGUCCUCCGCCUCGGUAAUCGCGUCUGGCGGCGACGAGGCGUCCGCGCUCCGCGAGGCGCUAGCGCGGCAGCGGCGCGGGGUGGCGGACCUGCAGGCGGAGCUGGAGGCGGAGCGGGGCGCGGCCGCGGGCGCCGCCAGCGAGGCCAUGUCCAUGAUCCUGCGCCUGCAGCGGGACAAGUCGGAGGCCAUGAUGGAGGCGCGCCAGUACCGGCGGUACGCGGAGGAGCGGUUCGCGCACGACGCCGCCGAGGUGGGCGCGCUGCACGACGCGCUCGACCGGCGUGACGCCGCCGUCAGGGCCCUCGCCGCCAGGCUCAGGGCGUGCCAGGCGCGCCUGCUCCACCUCGGCUUCCCUGCUUCCCCGUCCUCGUCCCCGGCCUCGCUCCCAGCCUCCCCGACUGCGGCCGACCGCCCCUGCUCCGACAACUCCGACUCCGACGACGGCGACGGUUACCGUUCCGUCCAGUGCCUCGACCACCCCGCCGACGUGGGCACCCCGCGCAACCACCACCUGCUCAACAGAAUUCCCAGCCCGGACGACUCCGACAAGGCGGUCGUCAUGUUCGGCUCCCCGCGGCGCCGCUGCUCCUCGCGCCACGCCCGCACGUUCUCCGGCGGCGACGGCGUCCCGUACGACUGCCGGAUCGCGUUGGCCGACGAGUUCCCUCUCUUCACGGACCGGGACGCGCCGGACCAGGACGACGACGAGGAGGCUGACCGGGUGUACACGGUGGACGCGGUGCAUGGCGUGCCCGUGAUGGCGCCCGAGGAUUGCUGCUACUUUGGGACGACGACGAGGGAGAGCGCUCGUGCUGGAGCUGGGGGCUGGGCAGAGGAGGACGAGAUACAGAAGCUCAAGGCCAGAUUGCAGGCGUUGGAGGCAGAUCGGGAGUCCAUGCGCCAUGCCAUCUUGUCCAUGGGAGAUGAGAAGGCACAGGUUGUUCUGCUCAGGGAGAUCGCUCAGCAACUCUGCAGGGACGCGGCGCCAUUCCCGGCUGUUCCGCUCAAGGUGCAGCCAAGGCCACAACCAGUUGUGAUGGCACAGAGGAAGGUGGUGAAGAGGCAGUCAUCCUUCCCUAAGGUCUUCAUUGUAACUGUGAUCAAGUGGGUUGUGUCUAUCUUUUGCUGGCGAAGGAAAUCAAGUCGCAUCAGGUAUCCCAUCGGGAUGUGUGGGAGCAAUGUCGGAUUGAUGCUGGUACUGGAUAGGUUCUCCAAACAGAGGCAAAAGAAGAUUCCUAAAAGGAAGCUAAGUGCCUCCACUCUCUGA